AUGCCAAAUACAUUAAAUCAAUCAUACGUUGAAAAAGGAGCUUGGAAACAAGAUUUAUUUAAAGGUAAAGUUGUUUUCAUUACUGGUGGAGCUGGAUCAAUUUGUCGAGUUCAAGCUGAAGCAUUAGUUUUAUUAGGAGCUAAUGCUGCUAUAAUUGGUAGAAAUCAAGAUAAAACUGAAAUUGCCGCUAAAGAAAUUGCUUCAUUAAGAACAAAUUCUAAAGUUAUUGGAAUUGGUAAUAUUGAUGUACGAAAAAUUGAUAAUUUAAAACAAGCAGUUGAUAAAACUGUGAAAGAAUUAGGUAGAAUUGAUUUUGUUAUUGCUGGAGCUGCAGGGAAUUUUCUUUGUGAUUUUAAUCAUUUAUCUUCAAAUGCUUUUAAAUCAAUUGUUGAUAUUGAUUUAUUAGGAUCUUUUAAUACUGUUAAAGCUACUUUUGAACAAUUACGUACCAAUAAAGGAGCUAUUUUAUUUGUUAGUGCCACUUUACAUUAUUAUGGUGUUCCAUUUCAAAUUGGUGUCGGGGCAGCAAAAGCUGGUGUUGAUGCUUUAAGUAAUGCUCUUGCCGUUGAAUUGGGUCCUUUAGGUAUAAGAUCAAAUGCUAUUGCUCCAGGUCCAAUUGAUGGUACUGAAGGUAUGCUGAGAUUAUCUCGUUCAAGUAAAGAUGAAACUAUUAAAAAUGUUCCAUUACAAAGAUUAGGUACUACUCAAGAUAUUGCUGAUGGAACAGUUUAUUUAUUUUCUCCAGCAGCAUCUUAUGUCACUGGUGAUGUUUUAGUUGUUGAUGGAGGUAAUUGGCAAGUUUCUUCUGGUGUUGGUGCUAAAGAUUAUCCUGUGACUCUUCUUAAUGCUAUUAAUGCUCCAAAAGGUGGUAAAUUAUAA